AAAGCAGGUACUCUUUGCUGUCAUGAUCCAGUUUGCGUAUGUCCAAAAUCAGUCGUAAUACGUAGUGUGAUCAAAACAAAUCAUGUUUGUUAUUAUUGAAAAUUAGGGAUCAUUUCGUUUUCCUAAUUAUGCUUAUAGUUCAGUCGUGGUUUCUGAACACUUUUUGAAAUAACGCCUCGUGUCUCAUUGAUAACAAACGUAACGCUUUCUUUGUGUCCUUUUUCUGUCUUGUUAUUUUCUUGUACUUGUGUGGAAGCUUAUUUGUUGCAAAGGAAAAAGCCCUUUUUUAACUCCAUGUUCGUAGCUAGUAACCAUAUCAUCCAACUUGUAUCCAUGGAGUAUCUAAGUUAUUUUCCAGAGUGCACACAGAUCCCUGUGUGUUUUUUUCUUGUGCUUUUUUGGCACAUAUCCCCAUUUUAAACAAAUUUAAACUUUGACAAGGAACGCAAGCGCCUCACCUUGUAGAGUCCCCCUCUUUUCUUCCUCCAUACCUUCAUAUAUACAUAAAGCUGAUCCGCCUCCCCUGGUACACUGUUGUUUGCUUAUUAUACCAGUUUUCCAGAAUCCAGAGGGCCGAUAUUUUCAGGACAGCCAACAAAAUCCCGCCCAAAUUCAUCCGUUAACCUUUGAUUCACCUCGGGUUUCCCCCAUUUCCAUCUCCUAGCGUCCAAAAUACAUUAGGGCGCACACUACUCUUGAGGCGGAUGAGCACAGACGAACCAGUCAUCCCUCAACGAGACUGGCAGGUCGCUACGACAGCUGACCAUGUCGCCAUCUGGAUCGGUACAGGCAUAUGGUGUAUAGACGUCAUCGCUGUUGUUUACGCCAUAAUCAACUAUCGGUAUCCCCCACUGAAAGCCAAACAAGUUCACUUGAUCGCCGUUGCGCUGGUGGCAUCGAUCUUGUGGUGGAUCGGGAAUCUGCAAGCGACUGGAGCAUUGGGUCAUGUCGGCAUCUUUCGCAUCUGCCUCCUAUGGGGAGUAUGGGUUCAGGCCAUUUUUGGAGUUCAGCUCCUCCUCACCGUCCUUGUCUACCGACUCUAUAAACUCCACCGAAUCCUGAUCCAGGAAAAGCCUGCACGGGGAUGGCAGUUUUGGACCACCGUGCUGAUCUUUUGGCUCCCGAUGCCUAUAAUAGGCCUGGCCGCGCAUGUCUUAGGCGAGCAACGGACGAUCUAUUAUCAUGCCGAGAAUGAUUGGUGUCAGUGGGCACCUAUUUACAAGUAUGCCAUGUUGCCACUCCCAAUUGUUGGUUUGAGUUUCCUACUGUGGCUAAAUAUUGCUCUUCGAAAUACACGCAAGUCCUUUAAUGAGUACAGGGAGCAACGCAUUGGCUUUAUUGUUUCCUUGAUUGUGCUCGUCUCGUACACUCUCGUUGACGGAGUGUUUGUCGUAGCAAACAAACUUGUCUGGGCCCGCGUCCUCCAGGCCAGCCUGGUCCUCCUCGCCGGAAACAUCUACUUUUGGGUAAUGUUAGGCGGACCGCUCUUUGGAUUUACCUUUGCCCGGGAAGCCUAUCUCGAAAAGUUCCGCAAGGGGCUCACACUCUCCGCCCUGAACAAACUCUCUGAACCAUGGCGAGGUAAAACGGGCAUGACGAAUGCCACGACGCGACAGACAAGUCAACCGAGCGCAUUAAAAUUGCCAGACGGGUUUGAUGCAAGGUUUUCUAUGCCUAGCCCAACUGAGUUUGAAGGUGGAACGAGCGAGUUAAGAUUGAUGAGAGCGGAUCAUGGGUAGGUUUCCGGGAUGUGGAUGAUGAGUAUAACAUAGUUGUAAUGGGACUUUGUCGAUACUGUAACAAGUGAAAUGAAUGCACCUCUUAGUGUUGUAUUACACUGUAAUU